AUGGAUGGAGUUGUUCAAUGGACCCUUUCAUGGUAUACAUGGUUAGCAUCAUUUUUUUAUAGACAGCCACAAGUAAAUAAUCCUCAAAUUGUUGAUGGGGAAGAAGAACAAGAAGGGCAACAACAUGAAAUUUCAAUAAAUGAAAAUAAUAAUAGAAAUAACAACAAUAAUAACAACAAUAAUAAUAAUAAUAAUAAUAAUAACAUUAAUAACAACAUUAGCCAGAUACCACCACAAUCACAACAUCAACCACCAACACAACAACAAACACAAUCACCAACAAAACAACAAACAAACUCAUUUAAAAAUAUUGACCAAAUUAAAACUAUAAGUUUAGAAGAUUACAAGAAAAAAAUUAAAGAACAUUUGAAUGAUAAAGUUGAAGUCGAAGAAGAUAGUAUCUAUACAUAUAUUAUUGAAAACCUAUCAACAGAAUAUUCAAUUGAAGAACAGUUUUUAAAGAUGCAAAAUAUUUUAACAAAAAUCGAUAAUGAAAAGAUCAAAUUCUCUAUUGUCAAUACAAUUAUUGAGCAUUUCAAAACAGCUUAUUCCAUUCAAUCAAAAGAGAAUUUAUUAAAUUUCUAUGCAGUAUUGGUUAGCUGUUCAAGUCACUACAACCUCGAUUGUGGCGAUGAUGUCAGAAUUAAAGGAGAAACUAAAUUUAAAAAAGAAUUAACCGAGGUAAUUCAAGGACUCCCACCAUCAACUUUGGGCGAUUUAGCAAGCAGAAGUACCUCAAGAGUUUUAGUCGAUCUCCAAGAAGAUGUAUUAGAAAGUUGGCGUCUAGAUAAAACCAAAAUGAACCAAUUUACCCACAUCAUUCAAGAUAUAUCAUCAGUAUUAUUUGACUUUAUUGAUAAACAUAAGAGCAAUGAUAUUAUUAUAAAAAAUGAAUUGGUUGCAUGUCUUUUAGAUAACAUAUCACCAAUUUCAAAAUCAAAAUUAUUAUUCCAACAUUUAAUCAUUUAUAAAUUAAUCCAACAUCCAAAAGAAUCAAGAAAAUCAAUAAUAGAUUAUUUAUUUUCAUAUAAACCAAGAAUUUUAUUAUAUAAUAAUAAUAAUACUCCAACAACCACUACAACUACCACAACUACCACAACUACUACAUCUACACAUUAA